UUUUGUUAAACACGAGUAUGCGUAUACAACUUGAAGAGAUUAGACGUGCAACUAAAGAAUAAAUGACCGGGUGUUUAACAUUUUUUUUUUUAAUUUAAUUUAAUUAGAAAAAAAAAAUAUUCAUAAUUUAUUUACCUAGUGAGAGAUUUAACUUAGUUUAGUAAAGAGAAAAAAAAUCUGUGCGAAAGUGUGUGAAUCCCUUUUCAGGAUGGCUUCAUCAGCAAAGACACGCAAAUGGACAGACUUCUUAACGUGCACCCAAGUCCUCAACAUCAUGGUAAUCCUCGGCUUCAUGUUCAACUACAUGCUCCGAGUAAACAUGACCAUCGCCGUGGUUGACAUGAUCAAAAAGAACGACACAAACACCACCACCUCCAGCACGCGCUUCGACUGGACGGAAACGCAAAAAAAUGACAUUUUGGGCAGCUUUUUUUGGGGCUACGUCCUCACAGAACUCCCCGGAGGCCGACUUGCCGAAAUCGUCGGAGCUCGACGAGUCUUCGGUGGAGGCAUGCUCCUCGCUAGCCUCAUCACAGUGUUAACCCCUGCUGCCUGCCACCUCAACUACUACGUGGUUCUAGUACUGCGAGCCUUGCUGGGCUUUUUCCUGGGAGCCACGUGGCCGGCCAUUUUACCCAUGGCGGCUAAAUGGAUCCCCCCUAUGGAGAGGUCAAAGUUCAUCGCUAACAUGAUGGCAAGUUCGCUGGGGGCGGCAUUGACGAUGCCCGUUUGCGGGUUUCUGAUCUCGUCGAUUGGGUGGCCGAGUGUGUUUUACGUGACGGGGGCGGUGGGGAUCCUGUGGUCGGUGGCGUGGUUUUUGCUCGUUUUUGAUUCGCCAGCCCAACACCCCAGAAUCACAAUUGAGGAAAAGUUGGAAAUCGAGUCAAAAAUCGCAGAAGGAAGUGGAGGGAAAAGCGUGAAGCCGUCCACCGUGCCAUGGUUGAAAAUCUUCACUUCAGGGCCGGUUUGGGCGAUUAUUAUAACUCAUGGUUGUUCGGUUUUUUGUUAUUUUACCGUUGUCAACCAACUCCCGUCCUAUAUGGAUCAUAUCUUGCAUUUCAACAUAAAGAAGAAUGGGAUAUUGUCCAGUUUGCCCUAUCUCGGAAAAUACGCCAUGGCCGUGAUCGCCAGUUUCCUCGCCGACCGCCUGCUCAAAUCGGGCCGGUUCUCCACCACCACCACUCGCAAAGCCUUCACCACAUUCGCCGUCCUCACCCCAGGCUUCCUCAUGAUAAUCCAGGCCUUCCUCGGCAUGGACUCUGUCAUAACAGUUGUAGUAUUCACCGCUUCCCUCUUCUUCAACGGCGCCGUCACCGCCGGCUACCUCUCCAAUGGCCUCGACAUCGCCCCCAACUUCUCGGGGACGAUCUUCGGCAUGGCCAACACCCUUUCGUCAUUCGGAGGGUGGCUUUCCACCAAAAUCGUGGCUAUUCUCACCAAAGAAGAACAGACUUUCGAGCAGUGGCGAUACGUGUUUUGGAUUUUAGUUGGGACGUACGCCACUGGAGCGCUCGUCUAUUUAUUACUAGGGACGGGGGAAUUACAGAAGUGGAAUUCGGUGGAAGAGGAGGCGCGAAUCGACAAAGAAAUGCAGCCGUUGAAGAAGAACGAAAAGGAGGUUCUUGCGUGAUUUUUACUGUUUUUAUAUUUGUACAUAUUGUGAUUUUUUUAAAUAAAUUUUUGACGAUCAAA